AUGUCGGAACGACGCUGGUCCACCAGGAUCAAAGAGAAGGGGUUUAGGCUCUUGCGGCGAUCGUCAACGUCAAGCAGACACAGCAAAAAUUUGCCUCUGGUAACCGCUUCAACUUCAAACUCUACGCAUGACCUGCAUCCUCCGCGGUCUCGUCACUCCCAGUACUCCCAACCGGUCGACGGUGCCUACCAAGGGCAGAAGGCGGCGGAGGCGCCCGCUGGGCCAGACUCUGAGCCAAACUCUGCGUCGUCCGCAACCACCACGCCGCCCAUCUCCACACCCAACGCCCUCGCGAAUCCGCCGCCUCUCUCCUCCGCCAGUCGUCCAUCCAUCUCCUCUUUCACUGAGUCUCAGUAUACUCCAGACGAGCUAGCCAGUGCCGGUACCCCAGGCGGUCAAUACUUUUUCGUCCCUGAUUACCGACAACCCACGUCUCCUGCUCUGCCAGAGGAGCAAUCCGUCGACCAGACCUCGCCCGCUAAACCCGUAGCAAGGGAACAACCUCAAUCUCAACUGCAGGAGUCGCAGGCUACGCCUCGACGGUCGGAUCACGACCGUGAGCGCGCCAAGUCCGGUGCGAGCCGUAAAAGCGUCCCUUUUGAGCUUCUCGAUUUCCCUCUCCAACCGCCUGGAAACACCGAGCCCUCUGCUCCUGUGUCUCCCGUGAGAACCGACCGUUCGAGCGCCCCGCCGACCGCCAGUCCCAACCGCCGCGAGCGUCCUGUAUCCGGCCCUGCAGAACAACAAUCGACGCCGUUGCCUUCGGUUGCAGAAAAGUCCGCUGUAAAUACUUAUCAGUCCCUUCCGCUCCCUCCAGCCUUCCCUAGCCGGCUAAGCGUUUUCCGUCGUCAGUCGCUGCUGCCUGCGUCCCACCAACAUUUGGUAACCUCUAUACUGGACACUGAUUCGUUUACCGAGCCCGAGGGGAUAAAUAAACACCUCCCGACUAUGGGAUCGGGGAUGGGACUGCGCAAGAUCUGGGUUAAGCGGCCGGGCGGUUCGGCCACUCUUCUUCCUACGUCAGAGGAUGCAUUGGUUGAUGAAUUGCGAGAUCAAGUGGUCAUCAAGUACGCCAACUCGCUGGGGAAGACAUUCGAUGCGCCUGAUAUUAUCAUCCGCAUCGCUACCCGCGAAGGGACCAGACCGCCGACCCCUGAUCGCAUCCUCAGCCCGGAGGAGCCGCUGUGGGCAGUGGUUGAUUCAUACUACCCCGGUGGUCAGACAGUGGGAGAAGCACUUCUAAUUGAGAUUCCUCAGCGACGCACCCCAAAACCUUCACCUCACCGUAAUGUAUACUUUGCUCAGUCAGAACCGGGCGAGCAUGGCGAUUACUUUCCGCUUAUGCCGACCAAUAUAAACCUCUCUACACCUCCAGUGCACCAACCGGCUGCGAAUAACUCUGCUGGUGCCCAUUCAGCCCCGUCUAUUUCCAUUCUUACUACCGGCCAUGCUCCGCAAGUACCGUCUCCUGGCGGCCGGACACGUACCCGCCGACCUCCCCUCGCACGGAAUAUUACACACUCACCGACAAUACGUGGGAUGUCGCAAUCAAAAGAAUCUGUGAGUUCGCAAACUGCCGCCCCGAGCCAGCCCACGCCACCAGUUCCCACACCUCCUGGUCCACCUGCAGAGUCGCCUAAAACGAAAGCACAUACCCCGCCGGCGCGAGUUUCAUCUCCUCGCCCUGGCCCCGUGAAACCGAAGAAGUCUAACCGGGCGUCAUUAUUAAACGGCGCAUUUGGCGGCCUCAUUGAGGGCACGGUACCACCGAUUAACGUCCUCAUUGUUGAGGAUAACGUUAUCAACCAAAGGCUCCUUGAGGCGUUCAUGAAGCGUCUUAGUGUGCGUUGGAAGUGUGCAGCUAAUGGACAGGAGGCUGUAACGAAGUGGCGAGAGGGAGGGUUCCAUCUCGUGCUGAUGGACAUUCAGCUGCCCGUCAUGAACGGCCUGGACGCUACAAAGGAGAUUCGCCGGCUUGAGCGGCUGAAUGGUAUCGGCGUGUUCCCGAAGAAGAGCUCGGGCGUGUCGACGGCUGCAGCUGCAACCUCGCCGGAUCCGGUAACUGAGGAGGACACAUUACAUGAUUUAUCCCUCUUCAAAAGUCCAGUCAUUAUUGUGGCUUUGACAGCUAGCAGUCUACAGAGUGACCGUCAUGAAGCUCUAGCCGCCGGCUGUAAUGACUUUCUAACGAAGCCCGUCCGGUUUGAAUGGCUCGAGCAGAAAGUCACCGAAUGGGGCUGUAUGCAGGCCCUAAUUGACUUCGAAGGCUGGCGCAAAUGGCGCGGCUUUGCCACCUCCGAGUCCAACUCCAACACAGGCUCAGGCCGUUCAACCCCUGAGACGCGCAACGGCACACGGAAACCAUCGCACCCGUCCCCGUCCCCAUCUGCGAAGAAACUCAGCCAUUUAAAGAAGAAUGACUUGGUAGAUGAUUCGCCUGAUAGCGGGGAUGGUUCCGACUCGCCUGCUUCGUUGCAUGCGGAUGGACCGAGUCCGGUACAGGACGGGGCUCUCUAG